ACAGCCGCGGGUCAGGAAAGCGCUCUCAGGCCGAGUGCGUCUGGGAGCGCUUUCCUGACCCUUGCGCAGCCGCCGCUGUGCCUCAUCUUAUUCUUUCGAGGCGAUGCAAGGCUCUUGCGAUUCCUACACAAAGCCACUUCAUCAGCCACCCUGCAGCAUAUUCCUGUCUUGCGGUUCUCGUAGCCUUUUCCACCGACGUUACUAGAUCUCUUACGUUACUCACACCACUUUCUGUGAGCUUUGUAUCGCAUACUCGGUGUACUCGAGUCGGGAUCAACCAUCGUCUUGUCGUUGGAACGUUUUUUCCUAAAAUCCAUUCAGAUUCACCAGAUCUGCUCAUGGCUUGGUUAGGUCUGGAGUAAGCAUUAGUCGCUAAUUCUGUGUCACGCCAGCGCCCUGGAUCUUGGAAAGGACAGAACAACGCCAGUGCAUCCACAUGAGACUGCGGAUAAGUCGCCUAUGGAAGCAAAUCCAGCGCAAGCUGGGUCGCUGGAGGAAGCACGCCAAGGGCCUGGCGAGCAGCUGCCGGGCUCCCAAGGUCACCGACGGCUUCUCCGACUUCGUCGUCAACGGCGUCGCUAACCUCCCGCCGUCUAAGGCUCGCAGUGCCGACAGCCUAGGCCGGCACCUCUCCAGAUCCGGUACGGCUGACGAUCUGACGCUCCGCGCGAUGGCAUCUCGGCCAGAGAAGGACGCGAAGCUCCACAUAGAGGGCGACGGCGAGAGUGAAAUGGACGAGGAGUGGAUGCUGGAGAUGCUUCGCGCCGGCGAGCAACAGACGAAUCAGAUGCGCUGGAGGGACGGCGGGACGAUCCAACGCUAUGGAAGCGCAGUUGACAUGCGCCAGCUGCUAGCAGGUGACAGUAGCGAGAGCUACACUGCGAAACAGCGAAUGGGAACAGUGGUGCCCCUCGGAACCCUCAACGGAACCCCCUGGGAGAGAGACACCCGAUGUGGAACGCUAAACGGAACCCCUGCUCGGCAACACCAAGGGUCAGCCGCAACCCUCGCGUCUAAACAACGAUGCGGAACCACAGAUGGAGGACCUGGUAUGGGAGGAAAUGGUACUGGGAGGCUUGGGUAUCAUCGGUCCUGUCGGUCUGGCUCAGUGCCAGCAGCCAUGGAUGUCAUGAGCGUUCCCCUGAGGCCACCUCCAGGCAGAAGAAGACCCACUGCUCCCAAGUGAUUACUUACCAACUCAGUAGGGCUGUGUCGAACUUUGGAGCUACGGUUGCUGUAGUGCAUACAUUUGUAAAGUCUAAAAAGGAUUCUCUUUGAUUGAUUAAAGUUUAGGCCUUCAGUGCAUACAUUUGUAUAUCAUUUCUAGAAGUCGGU